AUGAUGUAUAACCAAACAAAUAGCUCCACGAAUUAUACGACUCAAUGUAGAUUUGAUGUCGGAUCAUUUCUUCGAUAUGCCGGCACACUUGUUAUUAUAUUUGGUUGUAUUGGAAAUUUUCUAUCUAUUCUUGUAUUUAGUCGCAAGACACUUCGUUCUCGUUCAUGUUCGAUAUAUUUUUUGGCGUUAAAUGUGAGUGAUAUAUGCGUAUUGAUUAGUUAUACAAUUGAAAGUCUUCUGUUUCAUGGAUAUAGUAUUCAAUUAUUAUCGAACUCAUUUAUGUGUAAAUCAGUUAUUUUUCUUAUUUAUGCGUCGACCGAUAUAUCAAAUUAUUUGCUAACAUUAGCUGCUAUGGAUCGUUGUAUUCUUAUUUCAAAUUCUACAUUACGCUAUCGAUUUUGUAGAAAAUUAACAGCUAAAUUAAUGAUAAUAUUUGUUGUUGUUACAUUGGGUCUGACGAAUAGUCAUUUUUUAGUUGGUUUCCAUGUUGAUAAAGAUGGCUUUUGUUUGCCAACAACUGGAAAUUAUAAUUAUUUCUAUGUUCAUCAUUAUGAUUCAUAUAUUGAUAUAAUUAAAACAGUUCUUAUACCAUUUACAAUUAUAUUUAUUUGUAAUACAAUUAUUAUAUUUAAAUAUACACGAAGAGAUAUCUUACUGUCAAUGUCUUCAACAAAACGAAAAAAUCGUCGUCGUAAAGAAAAAGAUCGUCAGUUAACAUGGCUUUUAAUUUCAACAUCAUUAUUAUUCAUAAUUUUAUCAUCACCAUCGGAAAUCAAUGAUUUUGUACGUACACAUUUAAGCCAACAUUUUCAAAUGAAAUAUUCUUGUGAAUUAUGGGCAAUUACAACAUUCUUGAUUCUUUUACAUCAAACAAAUCAUGCAUCACAUUUUUAUGUAUAUACACUAACUGGGCCCAUAUUUCGAAAAGAAUUUCAAAAAUUAUUUUGUUCUUAUCAAAAACAAACAUCUAAAAAGGCUUUAUUUAAUGUUUAUUCAAAAAAGCAAUCAAUAGAAAUAAAUAGUAUACAAAAUGAAGAACUUGCUGACCAAAGUCUAGUUGUACAAUUAGAAAACUAG